AUGGCGUAUGCCAAAGUUUAUCAAAAAUGAAAAAUUUCUCAUUUUCUAAUAAUUGAACCAAAAUGCUAUAAGCUGAGCUAUAAGGACCAUAAAAACCAUGCAUUUAACAUUACCCCUUAGACAAAUUGUCAGCAAUCACACGUUGGAAGCCCUCAAAAGAUCAAUAUCGAAAACCAUAGCCGAAGCAGCCCCCCACAUUCAGGCAGCCAAAGAAAACCAAGUGAGAAUUUUAAGCCAAAAAUUCACGGAAUUCAAUGACUGGUACAUGAAAAUCACAGGCCUGGAUAAGGUUACUUUGGCUAGGGAAAAAGUCAAUGCAUUACAGGAUCAAUUGCUAAAUAUACAAGAAAAACGACGAGAAGUUGGCAGACAAUUAUCAAACGUUAGACAAAAAUCAAUGGAACUACAAGAUGAAAUUCACAAAGUUAAAAGGCAAGAGGAUUUGGGAAAAUUUUUAGAUUUGAUGAAAGAAGAAACAGAAGUGAUGAGAUUGGAAAAAUCCAUUUCUAAUACAUUCCAAGACUAUGAUCAAACUGAAAGGGAACUCUUUACCGCCUUCACUGAUUCAAUAAGGGACUCACAUGAAAAACAAAGAGCCCAAAUGGAGUACACAAAGUAUUUUGGUAUUGUUUUAAGUAUAGCAGGUUCAUUAUUGGCAUUCGUUUAUUCUACACUUAGGAAGGAGCAAUUGAAACAAAUAAUUGAUGAUAGAUUGCAAAACAUUAGUAAGCCAAAUGAUAUGAUAUUUGUUGCACAAAUAAUUGAUUCAAAUAAAAAACUAAUGGAAGAAAUUUCAAAUAAUAAAAAAGAAAUUGGGCAUUUUAGUAAAGUUAUUAUGGAUAAAUUUACUGCCUUAGAACAUAAUAUCCAAAAGAAUAAUAUUUCAAGUCAUGUUAGUUAUAAUGGCAAGGGUACUGUUUAUACUGGGGCUAAUACUGAGGAAAUUCCUAAUCAAAGCUUUUUUAAAGAAAAUUCAAACCUUUUGCAAGGUUUCGGUCUAGUAUUGGGACUUUGGCUAAUAUCAAGAUCAUUCUUUUAAUGCUGCUAUUGUAUUUAGGGAUAGUGAAUUAGGUUUUAAACAAAUUUUAUUUAUUGCUUGUUAAUAAAAACUGGUUUUACCUUAAUAUUAUAAUCUCGUUUUGCCUUUCAUAAUAAAUAAUUAACUAAUAACACAUUAGAAAUAAUACCUAUGAAAAUCUUCAAACUAGAUUGUAUUUGAAAACUAUUAUUAUAAAGAGUGAUAUCAAAAUUUUCAACUUUAUCGGUUAACCAAUCUGAAAAUUCUGUUAAUCUGGUAUAAACCGAUGGAUAACCUGCUGCACAAUCUGUGUAGCCGAAAGAAACUAUUCCUACUUGAGUUCCGUUAAUUAGUAAAGGUCCACCAGAGUCUCCGUUACAGGAACCUACAGUACCAACACCUAAAAAUAAGAUAAAUUAAUUAAUCAUUGUAUCAGGGCUUGGAUUCCAAUUGACAAUACGAUAUUGGAUUAGGCGCUUUCGGUCUUGAUUUCGUAUUUAGUAUGUAUGGGAAAGCGAUUCGAUUUCCUGAUCUUGUUAGCAAAUGGAAUCCCCUAGCAGAUGUAAAGUCCGUCGUUUUUAAUCUGACACUUUCCAUAUGAGGAGCGAGGGGGCGAAGCAUAUGACAAUAACAGGUGUGACGUCAGCUGACCAUUGGCGUUCUAACUUAGCUCUCAUUCCUUUGGAUUAUCAGAUUAAAAUCGACGGACCGUAGCUAUUGAGACAACUUUCCCAAUAUGUUCCAGAUAUUUCGAAUUGAGCUGGAAAUAAUUUAAGCCUGUGAAUAUACAGGAUAUUCAAUAAUUCAACCGAUUCAAAAUUUAUCCUUUCAAUUUAUAAAGCUUGAUGCAAUUCCUAAAUUUUUAGUACACAAAUAUUCACCUGAAGCACAAAUAUGUUGAUCAGCAAUAAUUCCAGUAUACUCUCUAUAUGAACUACAUAGUGCAUUUGUGAUAACAGGUGCGUCUACAUAUAAAAGUACAUUGGAUAAUGACCCAUAAAUGGUUCUUCCCCAGCCUAAACACCUGCUAGUAUCUCCGCUAAAAUUGUCAUUACCAGCUGCUAUAGAUACAGUAUUAAUGUAUUUGUCCAAAGUAACAUUUUGGGGCAAUUUUACCAGAGCAAUGUCGUUUUGUAUUAAAUCUUCGUCCCAACCUUCAUGAAUAAUGUAAAUGGUUGAAUUGAAAAUUUUUCUAGAGUUUUCCUUUGGUUGAUCCAAAUCAUGUGAGCCUAGGAAUACUAUUAUGUGGGAUGA